GUCUCGGGCAGCAUGAGCGCUGACUGCGAGGCAUAUUAUAACGCGGAGAAUGUGUUUGUUAGUGCCUUCACGUGCCCGAAACCCGACAACGAUGUGCACGCGAUCUAUUGCUGCGGGUUCAAUGAUGUCAAAUACUGCUGCGACGAUCCCAAUAGCUUUUUCCCUUACGAGUAUGGAUACAUGUGGUGGCUCAGUUUGGGGGCUCUAGUUGGUUUGUCUAUAGCUGCUGUGGUGUUAUUAGCCUUCAUCAUCACACUAUGUGUGCUAUGCUACCUGUUUAUUGCCACUAAACCCCGGGGUUUGGACAACGGACUGCCUCUACAAGCGGCAGGGAUCGAGCCGAGUCCUCAGGAGGGUCCGAGCCAACCCAGUGUGCCAUCAGGACCACAAGGGUUCCGCAAACAUUUCCUAAGGGCAAAACUAGACUGUGACAACCAGCCACCUGAUCCAGACCGCCUGUUCCAGCGCUGCUUCAUGGCUACGGUCACCACAAUCAAUGUAGAGGGACCUUCAUAAACACUGGAACUUGUGAAUUAUCCAGUCUUUUUAAUUGUUUUAUCCAAUUAUCAUGUUACUGUCGCAACAUUGUUAGCCUAGCAAAUAUGAUCUGGGAUGGAAAUUUCUGCAGCCAAAACAAAACUUUCGAUUCCAUCAUCUACAAUUAUCUUGCGUUUUACAUUUACACUGUUCUCCAAAGUGACUUG